UGUGCAGGGGGUAAAAAUCAUGUGAGUUGAUUGUCUAAAACCGUGGUCCUCUGUUUUGUGUGUGUUUGCUUAGGGUUGUUUUUGUGUGUUGGACAUACCACUCUAGAUUGUAAAUGGGGCAAAAGAGAGCUCCGGAAGGGGACGGCUCAUCAAAGCCUGCACUAAGUUUGAAAAAGUGACGUUUUUAGUCAGCAGUAGUAUUUUAGCCCUCACUGAGGCCCUCUUGUUCAGCUUGUCAAUAGAGCAAACGUGCCUUGAAUGGGAAACACCUGCUUAAGGGCUCUUGCUGGAAACCACACUUUCUGAAGCUCCCUGGUGAAUCUGGAAACCACUUGUGUUACUUCCCUGUUUUCAGGUUACAAUGUAGAGGCUUCUGAAUUUACACUUGUAUGAGGUCCUCAUGACCCGAGGGUCUCUGAAUUGAAAUCGCCUUCAUCGCCCUCGGUGUAGUAAAGCUUUUAGUUAAGAAUGUCUUGACCAUAUUGUGAAAUUAAAUUAAAAAAGCACCAUAAAAAUGUCAUACAGUCCACAUGACCAAUUUCAUAUCAGUGAUUGAUGACUUAAAGUGCCCCUAUUAUGCCUUUUCGAAUAUUACCUUUCAUGCAGUGUGUCAUGUAGCUGUAUGUGAACAUAAACUAUCUGCAAAGUUGUGAAGCCGACAGUGCACGAUAAAUAAAGUUAUUGUCUAUCAAAAAAAAGAGUCGGCUCGCAAUCGCCUAAACGAGUCGUCAGGAAUUCGAAUCUUAUUCUGUUACGGCUGUACGUCACAAAGUAAUACAUUUGCAUAAUGUCCGCCCAAGGGCUGUCAUUCGCACUGUACGCGGUAGACCAAUCACAAAGGACUGCGCCAUCUGACCAAUCACAGCAGUGAGGGCUCACGGAAAGGAGGAGUUUAGAGAGACUGAUUCUUCGAACUGCUUCGCACGAGUCGUUUACGAAUCAUUUAGAAAUGAGGUCAAAUUAAAUCUUUUUUUUGAAGUGUUUUUUGACCUUGCAUGCAUGUAAACCUGUUUUAGGAGACUCAUAAGGCAAUAUUAGCAACCUUAAAAAUGGCAUAAUAGGGGCACUUUAAAUUUUGGUCAUGUAAAACAUAUUAAAUGGCUUCAAGAGUCCUGAAAUGCAGCACACAAAAGACCAUUUUAGUGGUGCUUUUUUAUUGUUUUAGACUUUGAAAGCCCUGAUUUCCUUUCACUUUUAUUAUUUGAAAAAGAGUCAGGAUGUUCCUCAAGAAUUAUUUCUGCAAUAGAAAGUCUAUAUCUGUAGUCAGAUCACAUAAAGUUGCAAAAUAUGGUGUGCUGGUAGCCUAAUAUUUAAGAACUGGGUUUGCUGACUCACAGAUUGCAAGAGCUAAGUAGAGGUCCUAAGUAGAGGAGGUGACCCAGUAAUUGCAGUUACUAAGCUCAAAAUCCUGCUUUUUUUUUAUUGUGCACUCGAAGGAACUCAACCCCUUGAUGUUCCAGAAGGAUUUUUAGAGCUGCUGCACUGUAAAUAGUUUUGAAUGAAAUGCAUAUGCAAAAUGUCAUGCAGUUUGAUUCAAAAGUAAAAAUAUAAAUAUAAUUUCUAAAUAAAAUCUUUCAUAGAAAUCAUUUAAAUAAUUUAUAAAUAAAAGUAACGAUUCAUAUGAUUUUGUAAUGUUCUAUUAAAUAAUAUUGCGGUGUAUAAGAUUAUAUAUACUGAACAGUGAUUAUCACUAUAAAAUAAAAUAAAAUAAGUUUUGAAUUAAAUGCAUUUGCAAUAUAUCAUGUAGUUUGUUUCAAUGGUAAAAACAUUACUUUAUAAUCUAUAUAUUUUACUAUGAAUAAGAUAUACAAUACGAUUUUUUGACUAAACAUUUAUGCUUAAACUAUGGGAGUUAUUUGAAUGAAGACAAAAAGUAUGAAGUAUUUUUAUUUAUUUUUUUUUGUAUGGCAACAAAAAUGUUACUGAAAAUGGUUAUGAUUAUGUUGGUUGGGAUAGAAUUUAUUUAUUUUUUUAAUGAAAUUUAAGUUCUUCAAUGAGCGCUAAGUAUCUAAUUAGGAGAUCUUAUUCCCCCACUCCCACGUGUGCACACUUGUUUAGGAUCCGUCUAAUGAGUUUUGUUUUGAUGUGUUUAUUCCAUUUCAAUGCCACAGCGCUUCUCUUGUUCUCAUCACUCGCUAUUAUGCUAUUGAUAUGAGGCAGCACAGCAAAUAGUGGAGUGUACAUAUCCUCAUUAGAAGCGAGUGUUUUUGUGAUGGGAGGCGAGGCUCCGUGCUGCUGCUUGACUAAUAGGGGUUGGCUGGGGCCCCUGAGGAGUCUCUAAUGACCGCCUGUGUCAGAUUCCCUUACAGCCGGGCUCGUGGCUCAGACACAAGGAGCUGCCCGGAGCUAUGUGCGUGUAUAUGUGUGUGUUUGUGUUUGUGUGAAAGGGUAAGUGUCACAGAUACAUAAACAAAGUCUCAAGCAAUCGCUUGUAGUUGCUGGAACUCGUGUAGAAAAUAUUAAUUGAGGGGACACUCUCAAAUUAGCUGUUGAUUUCUGAUGUAAUUUGAAGUCAGUAUCAUAGAUGUGUUCUUGAAACCUGAUUUUUUUUGUAUAGAGACAGAAGUACUAAAAAUACCGGGGUGAAAGAGGGGAAGAAUAAUCGUGCCAUGACACAAGACACAUUUGAACUUGCAUCUCUCACAAGACCAUCCUCACUCUACUCUAAAGCAUAUAUGUUAACUGCAAGUGAUAUUUUUGCAGUAUAAUUGUUGUGUAAGAACUUAGUGUAGUUAAGUGUAAAGAGAUGCUCAUCUCUAUGUGAUGCUAUCUAUGCCCAAAGGGUCAAACAGACAGAGCAGAUGUAGUUUAAGCUCAGCUGGGAGAACAUCAUCAAUAACUCACAGGCAUAAUAAACAGUGGAUUUCUGGAUCUACUCUCGCAUACUUUUUUUGUUUUUCCAUGUUAGGAUUUGGUAGGUAAACUACUAGUUUCAUGUAUUUCAUUUAUUUGUAUUUAUUUUUUAAUAGGCAUGAGAGAGAAUUUUGGGAUGGAAGGCUCGCCUUUGGAUUGUAUUUACAUUUUCUUUAUACAGUGGCUCUAAUAUACCACGCUUAAUGUAUGACUGCCAUUCGCAAAAUGUCUAACCAGGUGGCACAAACACGUUUUAAACACGUUUAAUUUUUACAGGAUAAAACAAUAGGUAUACUUAAAACCUAGACAUGAUUUGCCCACUGGUUGUCAAACAUUACUGUAGCAUGUUAAUACUUAAUGUGAUGAACUAAAAAUUAUCCACUAAAAAUCACAUUGACACCAGUCAUUAGGCCUAUAUAAAUGGCUGGGAAAAGUUAUUUAUGGUGAAAGCUUUAGCAUCAUUUGUUUCUAGAUGACACCUGGUUUGAUAUCUGUUUCUAAUGCAGUGAUAUUCAGACAUUUUAUGUGGGAUGAUCAGUGUGUCCAAAAGUUCCAAAUAUUGUUUCUGGCCAUGUUCACACACAAAGUUAAGCUCCAGAUGUAUUAAAAAAAAAAAAUUUAGUAAAAAUUUAGCAUCAGUGCUGAAGACCUGCCUGGUCAAAACGUGCUUUAAAAAAAAAAAAAAAAAAAAAAAAUAUAUAUAUAUUUAUAUUUGAUUUUUAACUCUUAAAUCAUCAGUAUUCUAUGCAAUUAUCUUAUGGGCCAUUCCAUGUUGUGAAGUGGCUAGAGAUGUCUGUGCCAUCCUCUUGAAGUCUGCUAAUCAAAUGCAUCGCCACCAUUAUACACCUCUUUCAAAUGCUCAUUAGGCAGAGAGCCAGAAGUCUGUCAACUUUUAACACCCAAUAACAGGAUGCUCAGUUGGGUCCAUUGCCAAGAGCUGCCACUGAGAGCUUUCUUUUGUCUGUAGGACACUUUUUUUUUUUUUGCCGUGUGAAUUGUAAUGCAGCUUUUCACGUUCUGCCACAAUUUUCUCGCUAUUGGUUUUUGCCUGUUUAUUGCCGAGAAAAUCUUGUAACCUGCAGCGAGCGGGUGAAUUACGAGGCCACGGCCUGACCGACAGACGAACGGAAGGGUAUAUCCCUCCUCUGGCCUCUUGCGGGACCUUACAGGAGAAUUGGCAAUGUCAAGGGAUGAGGAUUUGAGAGUCAAGUGUUGCUGAAUGGGAGCGUUGGUGGUCUGGGUGCAGCUGCCUCGAGAACAAGUGGAAGAAAUGCAGAGACAGCGAGAGUAGCGCGCCCCAUGGAAGUGGACCUCUCCUUACUUUUGUCUUUCAUCGUGCGGGCCAGCCGCUGAAAAGCUUGGCAGUGCCUGUGACUCCAGGCAGCUAAGCUAGCAGCUCCUAGCACUCAGUAUGCAGCCAAAGUGCUGGAAUGACAACGACUCCAUUCAUUGUGGAGGUAGAGGCAAAGGCUGUGGAUCUCCUCUGUCUGUUUUGCAGAAUAGGGGAUACAGAAGAGGAGGGGGCACUUUCCCCAACUUGCAGUACAGCGGAGGAGGUAAGGAAGAGGGAGUGAGAGAGAGAAACAGAAAGGGAGGGAGAAAGAGAGAGAGAGAGAGUGAGCGAGAAAGUGGCAGCGGUGGAGGGGGACCUUCCAUGCCGAAUGAUUGAAAGAGGCGGAGAGGAAGCAGAACUCCAUCAGAUGAAAUGAGGUGAAAAUAAUUCAGGCAUUAAUCAAGCUUGGCCGAAAGGAGGCUGUUCUCCCCCCCCCCCCCUCUCUCUGCGGAAGCGAACAGAGAGGUGUGAAUGAAGAACUCGAGAGUUGAGACGAGAGAACUACCGGACACUAUCGAAUCAUGUCGGAGUCCAACAGCGGCGCAGCUUGUAUGGCCGAUCAGAAUGGAGCAGUUCCAGGAGAGCCAGUAAAGAAAGAUGAAAACUCCAGAAGGGGAAACUGGGGCAACCAGAUUGAGUUUGUCCUGACCAGUGUUGGCUACGCAGUGGGGCUGGGAAACGUCUGGAGGUUUCCUUACCUCUGCUACAGGAAUGGAGGAGGUGCCUUUAUGUUUCCAUACUUCAUCAUGCUGGUGUUUUGUGGCAUCCCUCUGUUCUUCCUGGAGCUCUCCUUUGGGCAGUUUACCUCCCUCGGGUGCCUGGGAGUCUGGAAGGUCAGCCCCAUGUUUAAAGGUGUGGGCUAUGGAAUGAUGGUGGUCUCUACCUACAUUGGGAUUUACUACAAUGUGGUGAUUUGCAUUGCAUUUUAUUACUUCUUCAUGUCCAUGACAAACCUGCUGCCCUGGACGUACUGUAACAACCCCUGGAACACUCCUGACUGCGCUGGAGUGAUGAGCACUCCACGAGCUAACACCACCUUCGCCAAUGUGUCUGCUGUCGUGUCAGGGGUGACUGAGAUAGUCAACCGCACCAAAAGGACCAGUCCUAGUGAAGAGUACUGGAGGAACUAUGUGCUGAAUAUCUCUGAUGGUAUUGGGAACUUCGGGGAGGUGCGUCUACCUAUCCUGGGAUGUCUGGCUGUGUCAUGGGUGGUUGUGUUCCUCUGCCUCAUUCGAGGAGUCAAGUCAUCGGGCAAGGUGGUGUAUUUCACAGCAACCUUCCCUUAUGUGGUGCUGACCAUUCUCUUCAUUAGAGGAAUCACUCUGGAAGGAGCCGUCAGUGGUAUCAAAUACUAUUUGACCCCUCAGUGGGAGAAAAUUCUAGAUGCCAAGGUAUGGGGGGAUGCUGCCUCUCAGAUUUUUUAUUCGCUGGGCUGCGCCUGGGGUGGGCUUAUCACCAUGGCAUCAUAUAACAAGUUCCACAAUAACUGUUUUAGAGACAGUAUUAUCAUCAGUGUAACAAACUGUGCUACCAGUGUGUACGCUGGCUUUGUUAUUUUCUCCAUCCUGGGAUUCAUGGCUCAUCAUCUGGGGGUGGAUGUGUCAGAGGUGGCCGAUCAUGGGCCAGGCCUGGCAUUUGUGGCCUACCCGGAGGCCCUAACAUUGCUGCCCAUAUCACCAAUCUGGUCCCUGCUGUUCUUCUUUAUGCUCAUUUUAUUGGGCCUUGGUACACAGUUCUGUCUACUGGAGACUCUGGUGACGGCUGUAGUAGAUGAGAUUGGAACUGACUGGAUUAUCAAAAAUAAGACCUAUGUCACACUGGGAGUCGCUGUAAUAGGAUUCCUCCUGGGAGUGCCGCUGACCACACAGGCAGGAAUAUACUGGUUGCUGCUUAUGGACAACUACGCUGCCAGUUUCUCUCUGGUCGUCAUCUCUUGCAUUAUGUGCAUCUGUAUAAUGUAUGUCUAUGGCCACAAGAACUAUUUUAAAGAUGUGGAGAUGAUGCUAGGCUUCCCUCCUCCAAUCUUCUUCAGGAUCUGCUGGAAAUAUGUGUCGCCUUUCAUUAUUACUUUUAUUCUGAUUUUCACCGUGAUACAGUACAAGCCUAUUACCUAUAAUGACUAUGUAUACCCCAGCUGGUCAUUGGUCAUUGGGUUUGCCAUGGCUUUGUCUUCAGUCAUCUGUAUACCUAUCUAUGCUCUGUUCAAGAUCGCUGUGUCUGAAGGAUCCACAUUUUUAGAGCGUUUGAAGAACUCCGUGAAACCUGACCCAGACUGGGGCCCGGCUCUCCAGGAGCACCGCAAGGGCCGAUACGCAACUACAGGCCCAGAGUCAGUGGAGGUGUGCCCUCUCAAAGAAGACCUGAAGGACGAGGGUAAAGAGAAACUCAAGGAGAAAGAAGAUGAGAUCGGUUUGACCAUCCCAGGAAGCAACGGCUCCACAUUAAACCCCUCACCAAGCGCAUAGAGGAGCCCCUCCCCACCCUCCCCCCAGGACGGUUCCCAUUCCCACACUGCGGGACAGGCCACUCUCGCUGGAGACCUUUACAUAUUGUAAGGGCUUUAUGAAAUCUAACCUCUAGAGAAAUUGGUUGUCAUCCAAAACCUUUUUCUUUUUGUUCACAUAAUUUAAUACUGCAGUUUUUUUUUUUAAAAGACAAGAAAAAAGACACGUUCAUAUACAGGAGGUGUUUGCAUACACGCAGUGUGUAUAUAGCACAUUGUACAAUAUUUUCACUCUGUGUUGAGUAGUCUGGAAAUGUGACUGUAGCGGCAGCAGGAGCUACAGUGGGACUUGGCUCGUGUGUAUAGUGGCGGCAGUGCUGGUCAGGUUUAAUAGCUGAAGACCAAAUAUUCUUUGUGUCAAUGUUGUAAUGGCACUGUUAAAUGGAGUGUUAUUUUCAGUUUCUGUUUUGUACCCAUUUUCUUGUUUGGGGACCAUCUCAUUCACAAGCCAGUAUGGGGUUUUUAAUGGCCAAUGUUGGUAUCUGGGAGCAGGGUGGCUGAUGAUCAAUGUAAUGCCAGUACAUGAUAUAAUGCAUGUUAAAUGACCUUUUAACACCGUAAUAACUCAAAAUCCACCUAAAACUACAAAACAGAACAUGUCUAUUAUCCAUUGACUAGAUUUCCAGUAAAAUGGCUGAUACCGAUAAAUAAGCAUAGGAAAAGAGAAUAUCAACUUUAUUUCCGUUUAAGUGAGAGCACAAAUACAAAACAAAGGAUAUUUGGUCUUAAGCUCUUACUGACUGGGGUAUCUGGACCGAGGCAUGUAACUUCUCAAGCCCAUUCUCAGGGUUACACACAAUUUGCUUUUUUGCAAAACAUUUUCCAACACCUUGAGAUGAUUUAUUGCUGAUGUUGAGUGUUUGACGUGAAGGAGAGGGGUUUUCAUGUAGGAACUUCCACAUGAAAUGCCAAAUCUGUCUAGUCUUCCAGGCAUCUCGAGCCGAGGCAUCUCCUGAGCGAGGGGAGCAUGUGUGCGAUAACAGAAGCAGCUAUUUCCUCAUUAGAUUCAGUACUGUAGUAUGCACACUAAUCCCGUUCUACAUGGAAAAAGAGGCAUGUUACCAAAAACAUGUGCACAGACCUGUGUUCUGAUUUAGUUGGUAUGUUUGUUUGUCUGUAUUUUUUGUUGUCUGUGUGUGUUAAGAGACUUAACUGGUGUGUACGUGUCAUUUAAAGGCAUCUGGCUGUGCUGAGCUGAAUGGUCAUGUCAUCGAACAUUGAAAUAGGGGGUAACUGCAUGUGGAACGACCAGAAGUAAACAUAGCAUCAGUCAAAAAUCACUGUGGUUAGUGAAAUCGUUGGGGAAGUCAGCAUUUUUGGCCUAAUAUUUUAAAACAUAAUUUAAUAGACUUGCUAGACAAAUAAAAGGCCAAACUAUCCAAUUUUCACGAUAGAAACCACAGCAUUUUAUGGUAAUGUGGUGCAUUCUGUUUCGUUUUGGUUUUGUAGAGAGGGGAUAUACUGGUAUGGAUAAUUUUGGUCAUGUUGGUAUGGCUAGAUGCCGCAUAUCAUAUCAUUCCAGUGACAUUUCAACAAGGCCCCAUUGCUUAUGAUACAUACGGUUGUAGUGGCACAUAUACUUGGAUGAAGAGUCCUGGUUACACUGUGAAUUUGUCUGGGAUGUUCUGACUCCUUUUAACAGGGAGUCUGGCAAUGCAGCUGCUAAUGUGCUGAUGCAUCACGUAUUGAGACUUCUGAUUUAAACAGUGAAUCUCUGUAUAUAGUCAAGUCAAAAUAGUUUAUUUGGUAUUUCUCUCCUGUGUUGUGCGAGGAGAAAUGCAAUAUGUGAUGUGCUCUGUCAUUUUGAGUCGGAAUGAGGCAAAGAAAUGCUUUGUUGCAUUAAUUUUGAUAAUACAAAAUCUCAGCUUUUAAUUAGCUUAAUUUAAAUAUGAAAUUCGAACAUGUCAUUUUGACAUCAUAGAUCGCUAAAGCUGCCUCAGUUUAAAGGCAGCGCGGAGCGCGAGCGAACUGAUCAUAUCUUUCUUUACUACUAGUUAUAGCACAAAAAAAAGAACAUCAGAAGGUAUGUUGAAAGAUGCAGUACAACUUACUAAAUUUGUCAUCUCUCAUGUAAUCAUGUUUCAGUCGCAGAAAGAUGUGAAUGAAACAGCUUGUGAACAACGUUACCUGAUGUUACAUUUACCUCAGCAAAGUCAUUCAAUGUCCAUUGCAAAAAAAAAAAAAUCUUAGAAAAGAGCAUAUGUGACCCUGGACCACAAAACCAGUCAUAAGGGUAAAUUUUUUGACAUUUAGAUUUAUACGUCAUCGGAAAGAUGAAUAAAUAAGCUUUCCAUUGAUGCAUGGUUUGUUAUGAUAGGACAAUAUUUGGCCGAGAUACAACUAUUUGAAAAUCUGGAAUCUGAGGGUGCAAAAAAAAUCUAAAUAUUGAGAAAAUCGCCUUUUAAAGUUGUCCGAAUUAAGUUCUUAGCAAUGCAUAUUACUAAUCAAAAAUUAAGUGUUGAUAUAUUUACAGUAGGAAAUUUACAAAAUAUCUUCAUGGAACAUGAUCUUUACUUGAUGUCCUAAUGAUUUUUGGCAUAAUAGAAAAAUCAAUCAUUUUGACCCAUACAAUGUAUUUUUGGCUAUUGCUACAAAUAUACCCCAGCGACUUGAGACUGGUUUUGUGGUCCAGGGUCACAUAUUAGUAAAAUCGUAAAUAUAUGCACUGUAAACACAUUACAUUUUACUUGAGAUGUAAUUGAUGUCUUAUUUAAAGUAAGCUUGAAUAAAUCUCCAGAUUCUAUCAAAAAAAUUAGAUAUCAUUUUCUCACAAGUUUUUAUGACAGCACCAUUUAAUUAGAUUUCCGCAACGGAUCAUAAGUAAUUAUGUUUUUGAAAGUUUUUUUGAUAUUUGUUUGAGAUUGUUCUUUAACUGUUUCUGGACCAAAAUGGGCCAAAAUGACUCAAGAUGAUGGGGCAGGUCACAGAUAAAGUCAGUAUUCAAAAACCUGAUGGCAUAAUAGUCUACGUCAUUGUUAUUGUACAUUUUAUUAAUCUUUGCAUGAAGGUAUGAUAUAUAUAUAUAUUUUUAAGAUUUUAUCCAAAAAUAUACAAAACACAAUCUAACUUUAAGAAGUAGGGAAAAAAGAGAGAAGAAUAAAAGUAACCCUGCUGCCUAACAGGAGGUAUCGGACACUCAGGGGAGUAGUUAGAGGUUCAUUGGUCUUAGCACAACCAUACCUGCAGGUCACAAACUCUAGCUUUUCCUCUGUUAGACAGUUAGUACAGUAGAUUAGAGCAGCAGUUUAGGUGUCGUGAGACUAACAGCACUUUUAUUUACUGGUUCACUUUAGCUGGCUACGUGCGCAGUAGCUACAAUAUAAUUAAUCGCUGUCGGAAAUGUGAAUGCACAAGAUUGAAGCCCUCUCGUUUUUCUGAUGUGUGGUCCUCAGACCUUGAUCGUGGCAUGAAGACCAUGUGUCUGUCUCUAGGUACUGCGAUAUGAACAGACCUGGAUUUUGACCUUUACAUGCAAACUCUUUUUAACAAUAGACACGUUAUGCAUCAGUGCCAUUCUUGCACUGUUCCCCACCUCUCUCCAUUGUACAGUAAUGUAAAAAAAAAAAAAAAAAAAAAGACAAAAA